CUUCUUCGUCUACUCAGUUCCAGCAUCACCUCUUCACCAGUCGUGUUAACAGUUCGCCACUGUCGGCCUUACCGCAACAAUUCACCGCCAAACGUCUCUGGAACUGUGCCCUUUUUCAGGAUAUUUCAAACAUGGUCAACUAUUAUGACGAUAUGGCUUCCGUCAAGCAAAUGUGUCAAACGUGCAGUUUACUCUUCAGAUGGCAAGGAAGCAUCUACAAAAUUUUGUGGCGUCAAGUCUUGAUGUAUUUCGUCACAUACACUGCUUUAGGAUUGAUUUAUAAAUUAGCGCUCGACGACGAAGACCAAGGGACGUUCGAAAAAAUUGCCCUUUGCUGUGCCAAGUACGCCGAUAGUAUUCCUGUGGUACUUUUCCUCGGAUUUUUUACCGGAACAGUGAUGCAGCGGUGGUGGGCUGUGUAUGCCGCAAUACCUGGAACAGGAAAAAUCAUUACUUUGGCCACAUUUUACAUGCAGAAGAAUAAUCCGCAAACAAGCAAGUGGCUGAGGACUCUUACCCGCUACUUGAUCCUCGCAUGGAUGUUGACAAUGAGGACGACAUGCAGGCCAUUGAGAAAUAAAUACCCUUCGCUAGAAUCUAUGCAACGAGCUGGAUUUCUAUUAAAACAUGAAGCCGAAAUUCUGUCCCUGGACGAGGAAAAGAAUCACAAGUGGUCAUUGCGCGUGGUUAAUUGGGCCUUAAUACUUGUUAGACAAGCGCGCGAUGAAGGAUAUUUCGACAAUCCUUCCGACGCCACUCGUCUCCUCGAUCCGAUUGUUGCUUUCAAAAAAUCCUGCUCAGUUGUCUUAAAGUAUCAAAUUACUGCUAUCCCGCUCUCCUUUGUUCAGGCAGUGACAUUGACGGUGCAAAUUUUCGGACUCGUGAGCCUUAUGGGCAAGCAGUUUGUCGAUUUUCCGACCAAACUUCUUGUUAUUGACUGUUAUCUUCCCAUAUUGCCAGCAAUGCAGUAUCUGGCCUACUUGUCUUGGCUGAAACUGGGAGAAGUUGCUGUCAAUCCCUUUGGAGAAGACGAUGACGAUUUUGACAUAAUCGGGCUAUUCGAAAACCACGUCGAGCUUGCAGGCGAUUUGCUGAAACUCUUUGAGCUUGAUCAGAAUAAUCCGGUGAAAGAAAGUCUGGAACAAAUGAAUUCUACACUGUUUAAAUUGAACGAAAUUACGGAUAGGAAACCAGAAAUACCGAAUGACGCUCUCAGUACAUCGGAAGAAAUCCCUUUCAUGGAAUCUAAUCGGCUACCGCAGAUGUCAUUGCCUCUUCUGGAAUGCGGAUUAUUAUUUUCCCGUGGCAUAGCUGAAUAGUGUAACACAUCGCGUGUUAUCCAACCAUUUAUCAUCUUCAAGUGUAGGCUGGGAUGGCAGAU